AUGGCGUCUCAGGAUACCAACCGACAAUCGACAUCGUCUUUUAGGAAAGAGUCUCCUCCCGAGGAUCUCGACAAAGAUUGGGCCUCCUUAUUUGGCUCCGAGGGUGAAUCUGAUGCCGCCCAGCCUGUACGACCGCCCAAAAAAGAAUCUGGAAAGAAACCCAAGAACAUUGGUACCACUACGAGACUUGACGCGGUAGUCAUUGGCGAAUCAGACGAUUCAGAAAAGGAAGAGGAGUACGAAGUCAAAGCGAUCAAGGCUCACCGGAUUAAAGUACGAACAUGCCAAUCUAGUAGCAAGAGGAUGCGGGAUGGGGAUGAGGACCAGGAGUCUGAUUUGAAUUCAAAGCAAAGACCUACCCUCAAACGAAAACGGAACGAACACCUGACCAAACAUAGUAUCCCCCACGCGCGGAACAAUUUACGUACCGGUAAUAAGAACGACCUGAGUGACGGAGCCGAAGAUGACGAGUCGAUACCACAACAGGAAUGGCAUGCCCGAUAUCGUAAAUUUGCCAGCUGGGAUCAUCUUAUCAAGAGCGUCCGGACCGUCCAAAGGGAUGUCGGCAACUGUGAGAGCGGCUCGAAAACGACAGGCGGAAAGAAUUUCAGUGAUACACUAUAUGUUUGCUUACUGUGGUACGUCAUCUCUUCACUGAUAACCACCUUGAUGACUCUCCACUUAUCCUUAGGAGAGCAUGAGGAUAGGCAGUCAGGAAACAACGAUGAAAUUAUCUUCCAAAUCAAAAUCCAGAAUGAGUCCUGA